ACCACGCAUGACAGCAGACAUGACGGGCUCGGUCCGCUCGGCUGUGGAUUCUCCAUCUCACCACAGCCUGGGAUGUUUCUCCACCGUGCCGGUGUGUUGGUGAGGGCGCUGCCUCCAUGUUUGCGGUGCCGGGUUAAAGUCUGGGUGUGUCCCCGCAGCGGUUCGCGCUCCUCCCUCUCCACUACUGGUUGUUGUUGUUUUGGUUGUUGUGUGUAACUGCCGCGCGCUGUGGCUCGUGCUGUCCGCCCGGGUCUCGUGCCUGGACGCGCGCAUGCAUCAGAAUGGCUCCGGCGGCUCCAGCGGCUCCAGCGGCUCUGACGGUCCCGGGGGCGGCGGCGGCAGGGAGCGGCAGCCGGCUCCGUCCUUCAGUCCGCUGCCCUCCGCCACGACGCGGGUGCGGCGCUUCAUCCAGGAGAGACGCACGCUGCCUCUACCCAGAGUGAUGGUGGUGUUCUCGGCCGCGGGGGACACCGACAAACCCAGCGAUGCCAUGUCCGUCUCGGACUCUGCGGAGGACGAGCUCCGGAAGCCGCCGGCCUCCCCCUCGCCGAGCCGCAGCCUGAGCAAGCAGCUGCGCCCCGCGCUGAGCGCACAGGAGCAGGAGUUUCCAGAGGUGAUCUCUCUGAAUGUCGGGGGCAUGUACUUCACCACCCGUCUGUCCACGCUCCGGCGGCACGAGGACACGAUGCUGUCUGCCAUGUUCAGUGGGCGUCACCACAUCCCACGUGAUGCCGAUGGACGCUACUUCAUCGAUCGGGAUGGAACGUAUUUUGGGGACAUCCUGAACUUCCUGCGAGAAGGCGAGCUCCCCCACAGGAGCCGAGUGCGACCGGUGCACAGGGAAGCUCAGUACUACUCCCUCGGCCCGCUGCUGGACAGCCUGGAGGACAUUCAGCCGCUCACGGGAGAGAAGGUUCGACAAGCUUUCCUCGAUCUGCUGCCCUAUUACAGAGACAAUCUGGAGCGCAUUGUGGAGAUCGCCAAACUGAGGGCCAUGCAAAAAAAGGCCCGAUUUGCCAAGUUGAAAAUCUGUGUCUACAAGGAGGAGAUGCCCAUCACGCCGUACGAGCGUCCUCUAUUCAACUCUCUGCGCUUUGAACGCUCGGACAGCGAGGCCAAGCUUUUUGAGCAUCACUGCGAGGUGGACGUUUCCUUUGGACCUUGGGAGGCGGUGGCGGACGUUUACGACCUGCUGCACUGCAUCGUCAGUGACCUGGGCGAGCGGGGCAUCACUGCGGAGCAGCAGUGCAUCGGUGUCUGCGACAAGCACCUUAUCAAUCACUACUACUGCAAGAGGCCCAUCUAUGAGUUCAAGAUCACAUGGUGGUGAAGCUGGAGGGAGACACUCGUGGCUGAUUGGACCAAAAUGGAUGUUCCAUUUCUUUCUAUAACCCGGCCGAUAUUGGUUUUUGUAUCAAAGCGCCAAUAUUUUUUGCUGAUGUCUUUAAAAUGUGACCCUUUAAAUCCCGUUCUGAUUUUAAAAUUUUCAUUUUUCCCCAAAAUAUUCUGUCUCAUCAAACACAAUGAAGCAAAAAAACAAUGUAUACACUAUUCAGUUAAGCUGGAACAUGUCCUCCAUUAUACAGACAGGUGUUUCUGUUUUUUUGCCAAACCCUCAUUUAAUUUAAUGGCGAGAACAAAGCAAUAGAAACUCUUCUCAGUAUAAAGCAGUGGUGGUCAACAGCACCACAAACCUUGAGCCUCUUGAAUAAUCAAAAAAAACCAAACCAGUUUAACUGGGUGUGACUUAUAUACUGGCCAUAAAUACAAACACUUCCACUGAGAUCCAGGCCAUUGAUACAGUACUAUUACUGAAUCUCCUGUUGUUGCUGACCUCCAGUGUGAUGCAAAGGUUUACUCUGGGACCUCAUGACACCAAUGUCACUACAUCCGUUAUGAAGAAGAGGUGAAAGAGACUGAUAACUGUCAAAGGUCAGAACACUCCUCUUCAGCCUUUGAUUUCAGAUGAAGGCAUUUUUGACACAUUUCAUAAAUUUGUAUUUCCUCCACCAGUUUCUGCACUAGACGAGUUCAGGCCCCUGUUUUUGCCACGCUGAGAGCCUGGCACAGUUACAGUGGUUACAUGCAAGCUGAGGACAAAAUGGCUAAAAACACCCCCCACCAAGUCCCAGCUACUGUAUGUGUGAGUGAAAGUAGGAUCAUUAUUCAGCUUCUGCAGACAGUUGUGUUGAUUACCAGUGAAGUGAAUCUGUCAAAAAACAUGAAACAUGUUGAUGGAGAAAGUAUUUUGUCGCGUCUCGUGGAGCAGAUUAGUUUUUAUUGUAAUCAGUAGAGCCGUCUACUCCAGAGACGUUACAAAUGAGAGAGACACUCUUGUAUGGAAAAGCCUAGAGUGCUUUCAGAAGUUACACAGUUGCUUUAAGAAACCUAACGUUGACACAAAAUGUCUUUUAAUGCUUUUUAUUCCAACUUAUGUGUGUAACUGGAGAUUGUGUUGGACUGCAAGAUAUGCUAAGCGCAAUCGGAAUGUUGGGCAGUGCUGUGGCUAAAUUCAACAAGUGUAGACACUGAUGAAGGAUUGUAGCUGUCGCUGGCAUCUUGCUUUGCAGCAAAUGUAAACAAGGUAAAACUCUGAAUGUGCAAAAUCAAUCAAAAUCCUGAGAUGAUUGUCAAGUCAGAAGAUAUUAUUAUUUACCUCAUUAAAAAGCCAAUCCUAAAUGUUUUUAUCUUGUCGCCAUUGUUAAAAUUAGUAUAAAUGUCAUUUCCCACAUCAUUAAUUUAUUCAUAGUUAAUUUAUCAGUCUAUCUGUUCCUUUACCCUGAUGUGGAAUGAUAUGUGAAUGGGUUCAGGAUGUCUCACCACAUUUCCAGUAAAUAUAGAAAAUUAUAUUAUGAGCAAGGAAAACUGAAGACAAAUCUGUAUUUUUAGGACUAAAGUAUGUUUCAGAAUACAGAUGUGUAACUGUGAACCUGUUCCUUUUGGGAAAACAGAGUAUAUUUUAAUUAUGCAACCUCCUGAGGAGUUUGUUUUUAAAGAUUUAAAUGAGGUUGGGUGGUGUCUGCUUUUCUCAGAACAGUCUUCACAUUUGACGUGGCUACGUAGAAUCACUCAGUUGUAGAGAGUUGGAGAUUGAAGGAAGAGAAAAUGAAGGAAGCUGAAUUUGUUGCACACUAAUGUAAUGUGCAGCUGUUGUUGUAGCCGAAGUAAACAAGAGAGAAUCUUAAAUCAAACAACUUAAGUAGUAAUUUAAUGUCAACUUCUGCUUGCAACUUGCAUACACACAUACACAACUUGCCAUGAUAGCUUAAGCGGUUAAGUUAAAUGAGUAUUUCCUACUGUACUUGAUGAUGACGUCUGAGCACCUUGUGUUUGUCGCCGAGAUGUUUUGUGUUAAACUCAAACACCUCUGUGGUUAUUAACUGUGGAGUGUAACAGCAUCGACAUCAGUUCAUUUAUCUUCACUAAGAGAGAACAUGAAGUUUUGAGCACUAGGUUUGAAUGUUUUUUAUAUUGUUCUAACCUAUAUUUUCUGUUAGCUUCUAGGAAGCUAUGGAUCUAUUGUCCUCUGUGUGUUCAGUUAGUUUAUAGUGAAAAAGCAAAGUGUGAUUUUUAUUGUUUAUCUCAAAUAAAAUAUGACUGUUAAAAGGUAAA